AUGGAGAACCCUUCUUUCGUGCUCCGCCAAAUCAAGGACGUGGUCAUCGAAGACCGUCCCAAGCCAGUCCUUAAAGACCCCCACGAUGUUAUCAUCCACGUGAAGCAGACCGGUAUCUGCGGUAGUGAUGUCCACUACUGGCAACGAGGCCGGAUAGGAGAUUACGUGCUGACUGGCCCCAUGGUUCUGGGCCACGAGUCCUCAGGCGAAGUCGUUGAAGUAGGAUCCUCUGUCUCACAUCUGAAGACCGGCGACCGUGUUGCCAUGGAACCUGGAGUUCCAUGCCGUCGCUGUAACCAAUGUCGCUCGGGCUCCUACCACCUCUGCGGCGACAUGAUCUUUGCGGCUACCCCUCCUUGGGAUGGCACACUCGCGAAAUACUAUGUCAAUGCUGCUGAUUUCUGCUAUAAAGUUCCCGACCAUAUGAGCAUGGAGGAGGCAGCCAUGGUAGAACCACUUAGCGUGGCUGUUGCUAUUGCUAAGACAGCUGAUCUGCGCGCCCACCAAACAGUACUUGUGUUUGGGUGUGGACCAAUUGGUGUUCUUUGCCAGGCAGUUGCCAAGGCACAUGGUGCAAAGAAGGUUAUUGGUGUUGAUGUAGUCCAGUCCCGGUUGGAGGUCGCCAAGUCCUACGGGGUUGACCAUGUGUUUAUGCCUGAAAGACCUGAAGACGGAGUGGAUCCUAUAGCCCAUGCGGAAAGGAUGGCGCAGAAGCUCAAGGAAGAGUGUGGGCUCGAUGGAGGCGCCGACGUGGUACUUGAGUGUUCCGGGGCAGAGCCCUGUAUUCAAAUGGGCGUAUUUGCUGCUCGCCAUGGAGGCACAAUUGUCCAGGCGGGAAUGGGCAAGGAGGUUAUUAACUUCCCUAUAACGGCUGUGUGCACUAGGGGAUUGGUGGUUAAGGGAUCUAUCCGGUAUUUGACUGGAUGCUACCCAGCUGCAAUUGAUCUAAUUGGGAAAGGCAUUGUUGAUGUGAAGAAGCUGGUGACGAACCGGUUCAAAUUCGAAGAGUCUGAGCAAGCGUUUGAAUUGGUCAAGGCUGGUCGACAAGAUGUUUUCAAGGUGAUGAUUGCGGGAGUUGUCUAG